AACUGAUAGAUCUACAUUUGACACACGUAGGAGGGCCAGGUCAUGAAGGAUGUCGCUGAGCGGCAAUGGCUUGGUUGACGUCUUGGGCGCCAUGUCACAGUCGAGUUUGAAGGUUGGCAAGGUUUGUGUUUGUGUACGCAAUGGUGCUCACUUCUGCCACUGAUUCCGAAAGGCUUUCUGUCAAGCGUAUUUCCCGCCUUUUACGCUCACUUCGUAUACGAUGCAAGGCUCUGCGACUCUGUGGCACCAUUCGCACAACUCAAUUCGCGACCUAUCCUUGUCGUCGCGGAGCAAACUGUUCUGAUACGCCGCUUUUUCUGCUUCCUCCGCCCAACUCUGCAGCCUCCAGGCUCGUCUUUGACCGAAACUCCAGCGCUGCUGUAGAGUUGUCUCGCAAAAUAUAUGCCGUUCGCGACGCGUUCCGUGAUCUGGUGCUCAAUACACGACCACCGGACAGAAAAUCAUUCGGUACUGCUUCUUCGAUCACACUUGCUGCUUUGUGCGCGACUGUGAUUGGAGAGAACAUGGAGCUCGAGGACGAUGAAUCAGGUAGAGAUGCCGAAGGAGAGCAGGAAGAAGACAGUGUAGAGCUGCUGUAUGAAGCAGUACCCGCUCCAUAUCGCCGGUGGACGUUGUUCUCUCAUGCAGUAAACAUGAUCAUCAGUGUAUGCCCUCCCCAUGCAACCUUGCACAGAAUCCUCCUCGACACCACCUUGGAGCAAGGGUUGUUCCAUGAAUCCGAGACUCUUCUAGGUGCUCUUUUGGUCCUCGGCCUAUCCUCCACCGAAAUUUGUCAUCCCUUACACUCGGAUUUUCUCACCGAGCUUCAUGGGCGAUGGUGUGCUAGCACGGGGUAUACGGAACAAUCGUUCUUGAAAAUAAUGGCCGAUUCCCUACUCAACAUUCGUACACCUAAUAUCUGGCUUUCCAAACCUGUAGACCGGUUCAUACACAAUUCCUCCGUAGAAUUCUUCGUCCGCGCUGCUUGCAUCUUGAUGGAGUUUUUAGUCAGGGAAAGUCUUGAUGAACAAUCGAGUGUGGACCUAUCCAGGAAACUGGUACGCUGGAUUUACCGUCGUUUCCUGACGCUAGAGGAAUCAUGUCAUGAUGUGAUGCUCGAUCUAAUUGUCGUCUGUGAUGGACUUACUACGGAUCGGUGUCAGUCGGGAUGGAUGCAAGAAUUACGGUGCGCUGUUGCUUGCGUGGGCACCCGACUUUUGCUGAAAUGCAAGGGUCACCAUCACUGCCCACUACUGGCAUAUUUACGCAAAGUGGCGCCCUUGCCAUCAACCUACGGGGUUCUGGUCGAACAUUCAUUCGUGUCUUCUGCCAACUUUCAGGAUGCCCAAGCGCAACUGCAGGAAUAUUCAACAGCGCUGCAUGCUCACAAUCUUCAUCAGCUUGACGCAUCCAUACUAUCCUGCAUACUCUGCCAUGUCGAUCGUUUGUUAGAUUCCCUCUAUAUCGAGAGAGCCGAGGCGAAGGCCUAUCAGGAAGAGUUGAUCGAACUCGUUGAUGACGCUGAGAAACGAUGUUUUGGGAUGGCGGACAAGGAUGAAGGUCAAUUUGUGUGGGAAUCUAUCGUUGGGUGCUGGAUUCGUUCGCCGUGUGAUCUUCCCCCACCGAGGAAACGGUUGAAACGCGUUCACUCGCCCACUUCAGAACCUGAUUCAACCAUCAUCUAUGAUGACUGGGACUCUGCAGAUCAGACACCGCCUUUUGCUUCACUGCUUCGUAAAGCUGCCUCUAGUCGGACAAUUUUGCACCGAACUUCACCAAAAAAGAACCCCUUCUCGCAACCCUUAUCAUCUCCUGCUAGACAAUGCCCAUCUUCGGAUGAUGCGCUAAACCUAUUCGUUUAUCCCACCUCUCCUAUUUAGAGUCGAUCUACAUAUAUAUUCAACAUCUAGUCAUAUGUACAUCACAAAUUAUCACCCGCAGAAUUGUUCGAACUUGUAUUGUGUCCUGUGUCCUGUAGUAUAGCAAUUAUUACCUCUAUUUUUUGAUGACUCGCCCAGUGGAGAAAUUGCAGAAACACAAAUGAACAAAGUUCCCAAACUCCUAGGAUUAUGUUGUAGCUAAUACCUUCCGUGCCAAAUUUACGUAUUGCAUCGCAUCCUCCUUUUUAUCGCCUUCACUCC